AGUCAGCUUGAAGUUCUGCCCUGCAGUGGCACUGUUGUAACUUGGAAGUUGUGCAACACCUUCGGUAAACACUUCCUCAUGUACGAACAGGAAUAAAGCUGAAGGACUCAUUCUUUGCGCCACACUCUCGGGAGAAGAGGACGGUUCCAGUCGAGUCAUUACGUACCUGGAAUCAAAGGGCUUCCUAGUCAUCUACCCAAACGGCCCCAAAAUGAUCAAAUCUCUCUUCCUUGCUACAUGCUUGCUCCUUUUUCAGCAUCAAGGGAGCUCUUUGAAGGAACUACCUGGCGUGAAGGACUUUGAAGUGGUGUACCCACAGAAAAUCCAUGUGUUGCAUAAAAGAGAUGUUGGGGGAAACCAGCACACGCAACAAAAGGCCAAAUAUGACGAGGCCAUGCAGUACGAAAUUAAAAUGAACGGGCAGAAGGUGGUUCUUCAUCUAGAAAAAAACAAGGAGCUUUUUUCCAAAGACUACACCGAGACUCAUUACUCCCCAGAUGGCAGAGAAAUUACAACAACCCCUCAGACUGAGGAUCACUGCUAUUAUGAAGGGCACAUCCAGGACGAUGCCGGCUCUGCUGCAAGCAUCAGUGCAUGCCAUGGUUUGAGAGGGUAUUUCAAGAGUCGUGGCAAGAGGUAUGUUAUUGAACCACUGAAGCUCUCAGACAGUGAAGCCCAUGCAGUCUUCAGAUACGAGAGUCUAGAACAAGAAGAUGAGACUCCCAAGAUCUGUGGGGUAACCAACACUACAUGGCAGUCAGAGGAACCCAUCAAGAAGACCUCCAGGAUGAGCACAAGUUCUGAAAAGAAGGCAUACAUGCAGGCCCGGAAAUAUGUUGAACUUUAUAUAGCUGUAGACAACACAGUGUUCAGAAAGUACAGCCGCAACAUGACUGGAGUGAGAACGAGAGUAUUUGAAAUAGUCAAUUAUAUAAACAUGGUUUACAAAGCCAUAAAUAUCCACGUGGCAUUGAUUGGCCUCGAAAUCUGGUCUGAUGGUGACAAGAUUGUUGUGAAUUCUUCAGCAGGCAUCACUUUAGAUCGUUUUUCCGAGUGGAGGCAGGAAGUUCUGCUGAAGCGCAAAAAGAAUGAUAAUGCCCAGUUACUCACGGGCAUUGACUUCAGUGGACCAACAGUAGGCUUGGCCUAUGUGGGAACCAUGUGCAAUCCUGCUCACUCUUUAGGAAUUGUCCAGGAUCACAACACAAACCCAAUUGCUAUUGGUGCUACCAUGGCCCAUGAGAUGGGCCAUAAUUUCGGCAUGAAUCAUGACACUAGUGCAUGCUCGUGUGGCUCGGAAUCUUGUAUCAUGGCAGCGCAGCUCAGCUAUAAAACCCCCAAGGAUUUCAGCUCCUGUAGUCUCCAGGAUUUUCAGAAAUACAUCAUGGAUCAAACUCCGAUGUGCAUCACCAACAUGCCACUGCCGAGGGAGAUUGUUGCAAACCCUGUCUGUGGAAAUGCUUUUGUGGAGGAGGGAGAAGAAUGUGACUGCGGUUCCCCAGAGGAAUGCACAAAUGACUGCUGUGAUGCUACAACAUGUCAACUCAAGCCCGGCGCUAAAUGCGGGUAUGGAGAAUGUUGCGAAAACUGCCAGCUUAGGCGAGCAGGAGCUGUCUGCCGACCAGCUAAACACGACUGUGAUCUCCCAGAAUUGUGUACGGGCCACUCUCAUCAAUGUCCGGUUGACCGUUUCCGAGUGAAUGGACACCCCUGCAAAAACAACCAGGGUUACUGCUACAUGGGGAAGUGUCCCACAUUACAGAACCAGUGUACAGAUCUUUGGGGACCAGAUGCCAAAGUGGGUGCAGAUUCUUGUUACACUGUCAACCAGAAUGGAGUGUAUUACGGCCACUGCAGGAAGGCUAAUGGCACAUAUGUUCCAUGUGGACAGAAGGAUCUAAAGUGUGGCAAACUGUAUUGCACUGGUGGUUCCCGAAUGCCUUCGACGGGAAGUCUAGUGUCUUUUGAUAGCUGUAAAGCCAGCUUCCCAAGCAAAGGUCAAGAGGAUGGUGGAAUGGUCAGUUAUGGAACAAAAUGUGGAGAAGGCAUGGUCUGCUACAAUGGCAAGUGUAUUGAGAUUGAGAGAGCCUACAGGUCUACUAACUGCUCCAACAAAUGCCAAGGACAUGCUGUUUGUGACCAUGAGCUCCAAUGCCAAUGUGAAGAAGGAUGGGCACCACCAAACUGUGAUGGUCCCACAGCAAACAGAUAUAUCAUCAUCAUUGCGGCUGUACUGGUGGCCCUUGCGGUCACAGCAAUCAUCAUCGCCAUCCUGGUCCGCUAUAAAAUUUUAAAGAAGAAACAGAGUCAAAGUAUCCACAAGAGUGCACCUGGAGCUACUAACCCAGGCUUCUCUGGUCAAGAGCAGAAGAGAAGACCUAAUACUGUCCCUGCACCUGGACCGCCAGAGGUCAACUCGACUCGAUUUCUCCUUCCGCCACCUCCACCUCCAGCAAACAAGCCACCACUUCGUGUUAAUAUACCAGAUGAACAAUCCAGCCACACCCCAGCCUUCUAUCAAAACUCCAGAAUGCCUAUUGUCAAACCAAAUAUCCCUCCACCUCCAGUUCCGACUGCCUUACCUCCUGUCACAGGGAAUACCGUGGCGGCCAUGAAGGUGAUUCCAACUCCUCACUUCAAGUCGAAGGCACCACCACCACCUCCUCCUCAGGCACAGAAGCCGCUGGGUAACCCCAAGGUAUGAAACAAAGUUGAAGGACCAAACCAAUUCGUUUCCUCUGGUUUGAAGAAGACGUUGCACUUUCUUGGCUUCAAAGGAGCAAAGAAUAGGGGCUUUCUGAGGAAAGUUCAAACAUUUCUCUGAAAACCAGGUUGCCAUGUUUGCCUUUGAGUGUCCUCUCCAGCAAUGCUGACUCUCAAGAAAGAAAUGGACAGGGACUUCUUCAGCCUAGUCCUGUGACAUCCACGGCGGUCAAACUGUGAUUUGAGCAUUUUAUUCCUGCUGUAAAUCUGAGUGGAUUUUUAUUUUUUUUUUGGUGAAUUGUAAAACCAAGCCGAGCAUCUAGAAGCGAUUCUGUUUCUGCACCAACGGUCCUUGUCAGUCUCUGCGACUUGUCACUGCCAUCCAUGAACAAGAUCUGAGAUUUCAGAAAGUUGCCUGAAAAUUUCACGGGACUGGAAAUUGUUCAUAUCUGACCAGUGUACAGAUAGAUGAUGAUCAUCUUCUUUUUUCUUUUUCUUUUUUUGCACCAUGGAGUAAAACUUGGCCUUAUCUAGUGCUUCAAAAACAAACAAAUGAAGCCAUCCACUUCAUUGAAUUAUUUGGAAAUACAACCUCUUCUGUCAACUCCUUUAUCAAGAAACACAAAAGCAAACUUCAGACUUCAAAUACCUGGUGUCAUAUUAUCUACCAUGAAUGUCCAGCAGUCAUGUGUAAUCUUGCAAGGAUUGCCAACGUCUUUUGAAACCCACUAUUGCUGUGUUUCUAAUAGUACUUGAUCCUCAUCUGGGUUUUAAACUCUAUGCAGCUCUCUGCCCUCUCAGAUGUUGUGUGUCUUAAAGGGGCAAGGGCAGGGCAGGCCAGCUGGCAAUCCUAAAUGAUAAAGGCCCCCACCCACCCACAUGAACACUUGAACAGACCACAGCAUCUUUGAGGUCUUUAUUUGAUCAUCUAUUUAUGUUAGAAUGUAAACCUUAAAAAGAUACACAAAAACACUACUGUGUGAAUGUUCAUGUCUUUCAUCUGAUGAAAUCCUCUUUGAACACCUGUUUUUUUUAUAUAGGAAGUGAAGCACCUGGGAGUUGUGUUUGGGGGGGGUUUACUCUAUGGAACAGUGUAUAU